CCGAUUUUGAUUUCUCACCUCCCGCUGAAUCCUCUACCUCAUCAUGAACGCCAGCAUUACCGGCGGCUGGGCGCAACACUCCCGGCGCAGCCGGGUCAUGAAUCUCAACUCGAGCGCUCCUCCUGCUGGCAGUGCAGCUGCGGCUGCUCUUGCGGCUAAGGAGGCGGCUGCCAAUGGCGAGGUUGCUGCAUCCUCCUCCUCCUCUGCGGCUCCUCUUGACGGGGCAGCACCGGACAGCCCACUUCCCGAAGCCACUGGCGCAUCCACACCUCGCACUCGCGAAGCCUCGCCGAUACCCUCGUCAUCCAAGCGCAAGCUGCGUCCUUCCACCGCAGCUGCGGGUCCCUCAUCUAGCAGCUCAAAGCGCUCCCGACGCCCCGUCGACACCGCCGAGAAGUAUGCCCCUCCAACAUCCUCCCUCUCCGACCUCGGUGGCAUUGCUCCAUCGAUAGACAAGAUUCUAGAACUGAUCGCCAUGCCGCUCUGCCACCCUGAGAUCUACUCUCACACGGGCGUCAAGCCACCUCGUGGUGUUCUCCUCCACGGACCUCCAGGAUGCGGCAAGACGAUGCUCGCUGGAGCGGUUGCUGGCGAUUUGGGCGUGCCAUUUCUAUCAGUCUCUGCACCCAGCAUUGUAUCAGGCACCUCGGGCGAAAGCGAGGCUACGCUGCGCCAGACAUUCGAGGAAGCAGCGAAGAUUGCUCCGAGCAUCUUGUUCAUCGACGAGAUUGAUGCCAUUACCCCAAAGAGGGAGACGGCUGGGCGGGAAAUGGAGAGGAGGAUCGUAGCACAGCUGUUGACGUGCUUGGACGACCUCAGCUGGGACAAGACGGGCGGUCGACCGGUCAUGGUCAUCGGAGCGACGAAUCGGCCUGACGCUUUGGAUGCUGCUCUGCGCAGGGCAGGACGCUUUGAUCAUGAGAUCGCCCUAGGCGUGCCAGAUGAGAAAGGCAGGGAGCAUAUCCUCAGAGUGCUGGCUGCGAAGCUGAGACUGGCAGGGGACUUCGACUUUGCAGCGCUCGCGAAGGCCACUCCGGGAUACGUAGGAGCCGACUUGACUGCAUUGGCCAGUGCUGCAGGCAUCUUGGCGGUCAAGAGGAUAUUCAAUGAGCUCGGGCAGAUGCCAGAGGGCGUGGACCAGCAGGCUGCGAUGGAGAUGCUGUCCGUCAAGGAGACGGUUGAUGGCGCAAAUGCUGACAUUGAGAUGGAAGAGCAACAGGUGGACGCAACUGCCACGGGCGCGACAGCACCAGCUACACCUAAGGUCGAGGCCAAUGGCGACGACCAGUCACAAGAGCAAAGUCAAGGCGAAGGCGCAAUCAUUGCCCCAGCGUCAGCAGCGAACGGCGCAGAGCCGCCCCAGGCAGUCACGCAAGCACCCACCACGACCCCUGCCAGUCUCGGCGCCGUACCAACCGCUCGAUUCUUCUCCUCCCUGCCCACCUCGCUCGCCACCUCAAGCAUCGCCACUUUCCUCCAAUCUCACCCCUCGCCUCUUUCCUCGUCCCAACUUGCCCCGCUCUGCAUAACGAAUGCCGACUUCCUCCAAGCUCUCCCUUCUGUCCAACCCUCCUCCAAACGAGAAGGCUUCGCAACGGUCCCCGACGUCUCAUGGGCAGACGUUGGAGCGCUCCACGAGACACGCGAAGAGCUCAGUAUGGCCAUCGUCGAGCCUAUUCGACGUCCCGACCUCUUCGCAGCAGUCGGCGUGCAGGCCAGCUCGGGCGUCCUUCUCUGGGGUCCGCCAGGGUGCGGUAAGACCCUCCUCGCAAAGGCCGUCGCCAACGAGUCUCGCGCCAACUUUAUCAGCGUAAAAGGCCCGGAGCUCCUCAACAAGUAUGUGGGUGAGUCGGAGAGGGCAGUUCGCCAGGUCUUCUCCCGCGCAAGAACAUCAGCACCGUGCGUCAUCUUCUUCGACGAGCUCGACGCUCUCGUCCCUCGACGUGACGACUCCCUCUCCGAGUCCUCCUCGCGCGUGGUCAACACACUCCUCACCGAGCUUGAUGGCCUGGAGUCCCGCGGGCAGGUAUACGUGAUAGGCGCAACGAACAGGCCCGAUAUGAUCGAUCCGGCUAUGUGUCGUCCAGGUCGUCUCGACAAACUGCUUUACGUAGACCUGCCUAGCCCAGAGGAGAGGCUGGAGAUCCUGAGGACCUUGACGAAGAAGACGCCGCUGGAGGAGGGCGGUGUCGAUUUGGAGGCGGUCGCGAAGGACUGUAGAGCAGAUGGCUUCUCAGGCGCGGAUCUGGCGAAUCUGGCACGCGAGGCCGCGGUUACGGCGUUGAAGGCUGCGUUGGCCGAGGCGAGGCGCGCUGGAGGUGCUGAUGGUCAAGCGGCGAGUAGCAACGCGGUACCUCGUGUGCUGGUAUCGCAGCGACACUUCCUCGAAGCGUUGGACAAGACGUCGCCCAGUGUGAGCGCGGCGCAACGUGCCAAGUACCGCGGGUUGAGGAGCAGGCUGAGCGGCAAUCCGGCGGGCAAGGCGAGAGCUGGUGGAGCCGUGAGCGGUACAGAGGGUGCAGGGGGUGCGGCUGCACGGCCGGCGGGUGAGGGUGAGGGUGCGGUAGAAGGUGGAGAAAGAGGCAACGGUGCGCCUGAGAUGGCGGUAUGAUACAGAUUGCAAUUGCCAAAACUAGUCUUCUAGCAUCGC